CUGAACCAAAUGACUUGAACAUAUUAAGGGGAAACAUGUGUGAUUGUCGCUACAUGCUGGUCCAGGAGAAACUGAUGCUGCAGGACUUUAGCCUGUGCUGAGUUCUGUGGAGCUGCCGCGGUCUGUCCUUCCUCCUCCUGCUGCUCCUCUUCCUCCUCCUCUCCCUCCUCCUGCACCUCUUUAUUGUGCAGCUAAAUCCGUGGCGGAUGUCCCUUUAACAGGCAGAGGCAGUCAGCAGCAGCAGAGAGGAAGCAGCUCUCUCCUCCUUCAAACUGACCAGCGCGUCUUUCUGGCUCCUUCCGGCCGGCGCGGACCAGAGCAUCCAGUCAGCAGCUCUCCUCCACAAGCGGUGCUGAGGAGCUGCAAGUAAGCAGAGGAACAGGAGGCCAUGUUCCCGCCACAGAUUACAGCCACAGUGAACUCAGCGUGUGUUUGAGGACAAGAGUCUCCCCUCUGGCCUAUCCAGUCCGCGUGUUGUCCAGAACCAAAAGCAACAAGCAGCUGACACCACAGACAGCAAUGGCUUUCACACUGUCAGAAAUCAUGGCGGCAAGGCGGCAGCAGUCCCAGGCCCAGUCACACACUCAGAGAGGCAGCAGGGCGGCUGUGGAGGUAGACGAGUACAGUACCAACCCCACACAGGCUUUCACCUUCUACAACAUCAACCAGGGCCGCUUCCAGCCACCGCAUGUCCACAUGGUGGACCCGAUGCCCCACGACACUCCCAAACCUCCAGGCUACACACGCUUCGUGUGUAUUUCAGACACUCAUUCUCGCACAGACGCCAUCCAGAUGCCGUACGGGGACGUGUUCAUCCACGCUGGAGAUUUCACCGAGCUUGGGCUGCCCUCUGAGGUCAAAAAGUUCAAUGACUGGCUAGGUACUCUGCCCUACGACAUCAAAAUAGUGAUUGCUGGGAACCAUGAGUUGACCUUUGACCAGGAGUUCAUGGCAGACCUCAUCAAACAGGACUUCUACUACUUCCCAUCAGCCUCCAAGCUGAAGCCUGAGAAUUAUGAGAAUGUCCAGUCGCUGCUCACCAACUGCAUCUACCUGCAGGACUCUGAGGUCACUGUGCGAGGCUUCAGGAUCUAUGGUUCUCCAUGGCAACCAUGGUACUAUGGCUGGGGCUUCAACUUGCCGCGGGGUCAGGCUCUUCUCGACAAAUGGAACCAAAUUCCAGACAACACAGACAUCCUGGUCACGCAUUGCCCCCCACUGGGUUUCCUGGACUGGGUUCCUAAAAAGAUGCAGCGUGUUGGAUGCAUGGAACUGCUCAACACAGUUCAGAGGAGAGUCCAGCCCAAAUUUCAUGUGUUUGGACACAUCCAUGAAGGUUAUGGUAUGAUGACAGACGGCACCACAACGUUCAUCAACGCCUCAGCUUGCACAGUGAACUUCCUGCCCAUGAACCCACCUAUCGUCUUUGACCUUCCCAACCCCAGGACCACAUGACUGCAGACUGCUGGAGUCCAGACCCCAGCCGUCCGCCAGGAGAAAGGAGCCUAAAGAGGAAGUUGAAUGUGAAGGGCUGGACAGAUGGCAGUGUGUAAAUAUAAUCCUGGUGUGCGUUUCACAGAGUGCCAUAGUGGCAGACUGAUGCUUCCUCAGGCUUUCAUCAUUAUUCCAUGUGCCAUAACUACUUCUUCAUGUCAACACGGGGCUUGAAAAGCAGAUGCAUGGACUCAUGGAGAGAAACAUUAAUAUGCAGAGAAUUUGUAACAUUUCUUUGUCCUUGCUGCACUGACAAUCUAAUGCUACCGUCAGAGACAAAAGAGACUUCAUUGUCAGUUCAUUAAAAUUAACAGUGAAACAGUCCAACUCCUCGUGUACACCAGAGCCUUGGCUGAGCAGCAACGGAACGUUUGCCAAGAGGAUUUCACACCACUCUUCCUACUUUUCAACUUUAAUUUCCCAUGUCUUUCCCAGUCCCCUGCACACACACAGACCGUCCCAUCUCCCCUUUUAUGCCUCCACUUCCUCUCGUCUCCUUAGGGCCAAAGCAUGCUGGAAUGUGUUUUCUGUGUUUUUUCUUUUUUCCCAUUGGCAUGUUUGCACAUGCAAGACAUCAAAGGAAGUGUACAAGGGCAGCGAGAGGUCUCUGCCACAGGCUGACAGUAUGUUGGGGUGUCAGAUGUGUCAACACUACUCUCUGGGGCUCAUCGCAGCCUCAGGUGAUUCUCUUAACCAGCUGAAAGGCAGAAACAGGGUGUAUGCCCCCCCCCCCCCUCCCUCUGUAUCACUGCUCCUCCAUCCUCCCCACCCCUCCCGCUGUGAAUAGCUCAGAAUGUAGCUGGUGCUGUCUGAGAGCUGAAAGGGACCACCAUUAAACCUGAAGGUGCUACAUGCUAACACUGCUAUCCAUUCAAGACAAGCAACACUGGAACACUGGGAGCAGCAGCUAGUGUUUCAGACUCCUCAGUUACUGUGUUUGUAAGAGGACUGGACAACCUGGUUCUUUCAGUCAGGACAGGAGAGCUGUAACUGAUAUUUGUAAAGUUCCUCCCUCAGAAUAAAGAAGAGCUUGAAGCUCUUAAAUGCUGUUGCUAUGCUAUGCUUUUUCAUCGAAAAAAAAGUUAAUAAUUGUGGUUGUUACAUUUCAUUUGGUCUUUCUUAGUAAUGUAAAUGCUUGGUGUGGUAUUUAUUCUUUUUGUUUAGCUGUAUGUAUUGAUGAACUCUUUAAUGUCUUUUAUAUUUAAAAACAAAAGUAGAUAAAAAUUUGUAAAAUCGUUUGGAUUUUUUCAAGGUUCUAUCUUGUAGAUUUGGUCAUCUAAAUAUGCUGAGCAUACCAAGACCAGGUCACUACAAAUCUGUCUGCACUCCAACGAUGCGUGUGAAUAUUCCUCAGUUUAUUCCUCUUCGUCCUCUCCUGCUUCUUCUUAAGUCUAAGUCUAUUGCACUAUGAUGUCUUAAGGAUUUUUUUUGAAGUUAUGAAUAAUGAGUGUAUACCAACAGCAUUUAACUGCUUUACUGUACUGUGCUUUGACAAAGUGUCAUUGUGCUUUCAAAUUUAAGGGCCCUUUAAAUCAGAAUUAGAACUUCAGAAAUCAGAUGUCUAAGAUCCAAUUCACUGUCUGCCACAGGUAAAACCUAUGGAAACUUGCAUUUACAGUUUAUUUCUAAAUUCUAUAGGAUCAUCUCAUAUCAGACGUAAAAAUAGAAAUGCACAAAGUCUUUGUGGUAUCUCAUUUCACAAUGGUGGCUUAUUUAUAGAACAACAUUCAUACACAAGAAAAUCUCAGAUCUUGUUUAGAACAUCGAAGUAAAGACCAAAAACAAAUAAAUCAUAAAAGCAAUGGAUUAAAGAUAUUAAAAUAUAGAUAUUUAAGGCCUAAAGAAACUAAAUAUUUCAAACAGUUCAUUAGUCUGACAUUUUGAAAAGUUGCUUUAAAUCAUAGUGUUAUCAGUCUUGAUUUAAAGGAACCAACAGUUUCCACACACCAUAAGUUGUCAUUGAGUAUGUUCCAGAGCUGAGGAGCAUAGAACCUCCAUGCAGCCUCACCUUGUUUAGUUCUGUCUGGUUUCUACAGACCUGGAAUAGGAACAUCACUUCAGGUCUCUAUGGUUCAUACUUGACAAGCAACCAAUGAAGUUGCUGCCACCGGAAACUUUUGGUGCUCAUGACCAAAGCCAAGACAAUUUUAAGAAAAAUCAUUCAAGAUUGUGAAACUAGGGCACUCAUGCUGACCUCUGUCCUCUGGCCCAGACUGCUUACAAUACAUUCAAUACAUAACUCAGUGUUAAACAGAACUGUUACCAUGUUGAGGUGCAUGUAUAUUUCAGUUAGCUGAAUUGCUGAGAAACAAAAAAACCGUAUCAUGCAUCAACAGCUCCCUAAAUGUUCCAAUCAUCAGAAUAUUAAAAGGUCUUGGUUAGCAGUGUAUUAAACAUAGUGACAACUGAAAUGUCCAAAUUACUUUAAUAAUCAGUUUAAGAAAAAUGUCUUAAUGAAAGUUUUCUUGGUUUGUAUUUGGAAACUGUUUAUGUGAAUGUAAGGAAAACCAAGACAUGGAAUGAUGUUUUUAUGCAAGGCUGUUUGUCUGGUCCACCUGCAGGUUUGUGUGCAUAUUUACCGUCUGUCUCCUCCUAAAUCUGUUCUGCUUCAGUAGCUGUAUUAAUGUGCUUCCUGAUCUAUCCACAAAGACACAGACUGGUUAUUGGUUUCUUCAGACAUUUUCCAUUCAGGAGAAAAAGUACUUCUGCUCUUCAGACAAUCUUUGUGUCAAUGUUUUUUUCUUUAAAAAUAAAAAAGGGAUUUUUUUUCCCUAGGGAAGUAAAGAAGAGCCUCCACAGGCAGACUGAGGUACUGCAGCAGUGGUGUGAUUUAAAAGGGAGUCAUUUUUGUCCUGUGACAGUUUUACUUCAUAGACCUUUUAUAUUUCAAUAUUACUGGAUACGUAUGCCCAUUUUUAAUGAAUGAAUGUAUAGAAUUUUAAAGAUGACAAGAAGUUUUGAUUUGCUGUUAUAUAUUUUUUCCAUUGUUAUUGGAACAUUUUGUGUGCUUGGAUAAAUUCGGAUCCAUCAGCAUCUGGACACAUCUGUAAUGUGAGUUACCUUGCGUUUUUUAAAACAACAGAUGAAAUUCUGUAGGUUCUGAGACACUAUUCAACAAUCAAAUAAAAACCUUAUCUGUGAU